AUGAGCCUCGUCUGCACCAUCGGCACCAGGAUCAGGGAAAAGACCAGGCUUGUGGGAAAGUUGGCGAUCGAGCGGACAACUGCCCAGCAAGCACGGUUGCAGAGACAGCGGGCAUUGAUGGGAACGAGCUCCAGCAAGUUGGAUCUGCUCAUGACGGAAGACUCGACAAACACCUACGAAUUUGACAUUGACGACGUUCAGCUGGACUUUAAGCCACUCUACCAAUGCUUGCAUAUUCACGAGGUGCUGGAAAGGAGGGAAGAAUUCAAAAAGUCGUACGAGGAGAAUCGGCAUCAUCAAGCCCAGCUCGUACUUGACACCAAGCUUGUCUUUGACGAGAAACUCGAAAAUUUCUCGACCUAUCUGAACGACAUUGUUGGGUUCUUCAUCAUCGAGGCAAUGAUCCUAAACACAACCCAAAACUUUCGCUCCCGCGGAAACAUUGAGGGCCUCUGGAAAAUGGCUGUCGAGAAGAUCAAUCUGGUCAUCACAGAGAGCCUGCAUGACUGCCAGAAUCCAAAGCUGUUCCUCAACAUCAAAGUCAUGGUGGGGGUGUUCAUACGAACCAUCGAGGGAUAUGGAUACGCCGUCAACAAGCUGACGGAUCUGAUCGUCUCGCUGUUUGAUCGAUACGCCGAGUUGAUGAAGUUGAGCUGCUGCGAAACCAUUAUCAAGAUCAUCGAAGAUGAUGAAUAUGCGCCUCUCGUCGUUCAAACACCUGAAGAGCUCAAAGACGUCAACGCGGCAUUCAAGUACACUGAGACCUCCAAGAUUGCGACCACCAGAUUCCCGCGCUCGCUGCCGUUUUCCAAGGGAUUCAUCCUGUGCUGCAGCAACAUCAAGGAGUUUAUCGAUGUGUUCUAUCGGUUUGCUGAGAGCUUCUCAAAGCAACACACGGCCAUGGACGACGUCAUCAAGAAGGCUUUGGACGAGCUUCUCCAAAGACAACUCAACUCGGCGAUCCUGGAUCAAAUUAUGAUCAGCAAUCUGUCGCAGGUGGUCCAGAUCAUAGUGAACAUCGGAUUCAUAUGCCAGGCAUGCAAGGAAUUUGAGGAGAUGAUCGAGAAAAACUCAAACAGCAAACCCGGUACAGUCACACUCCAGGCAACAAAAACGUUCCAGGAGACAAUCAAUGUGGCCGAGAAGCGGAUAUUCGAGCUCCUCAACACCAAGAUUGACGAUUUCUUGGAGCUCGCUGACUAUGAGUGGGAGGCAGUAGAGUCUAAUGAUUCACCCAGCCCGUAUUUACUCGAGUUGGUCAACUACCUGACCAGUGUGAUCACGUCAACACUGUCGAACCUGACGCCGAGUCUCAAAUCGUACCUCUACUUUGACUCGUUUGGUCAUCUGGGCCGGGCACUGAAUGGUCUAUGGCUGAACCCAUCCGUCAAGAUCAUCAGCCUUGGCUUUGUCAGGACAUUCAAAAUCGACGUGCUGUUCCUCAAGACCUUUGUCAAGGGUCUGGGUGACAUUGAGAUCGGCGAUGCGUUCGUGGAACUGGAUCAGACUAUCGAGUAUCUGCUUUCGGAGCGGUACGAGGACUUUCUUGAUGCGGCCGUCCGCAGUGCCAAGUACAAUCGCAUCAAGGUUUCGAACGCAGUCGUUCUGCUGGAAAAACUCAAAGGACCAGAUGUUGGCGUCUUCUCGAAAGUGUCGGCUCACGAAGCCGCCAGGAAGCGACACAUUGCAGGAGUGAUCAAGUCGAUCAAUGCAUCGCAAAAGUCGGCAUCGCCCGGCAAGUCCAUGUUUGGCUAGCCACCAGCCUGCCACCGAGCAGGGCAACGCUGUGGCCACGGAGGACAACGACAACAGCCACCCACGGCGCCCAGGCAGCACCCCGAAUACAGACAGAUUCGGGUCGGUCUGAUGCAGCGGGUGGAUGCAGGAGGCGCUGGCCAGUCAUUGCGGGCAUGGACAAAUCGGGCCUGGGACGCAUGGUGACAACACGCAGGGUGGCGUGCUGUGACUGCCCAUGACG